GCCCCGGGCGCAGCUCGGGGAGCGGCCGCGGCCGCCCGGGACCCCCGACCUUCCCGGGCCGGGCCUGGCCUCCAGCUCUUCCCUCGGAGGCGCCGUGCGGGGUCGGGCGCGAGGUGACUUUUUGGCAAGGGCCUGACUUUUUUCUACCAGUUUGUAUUGCCUGUCAAGAAUUUUCAUGUUGACUCUUGGAAACCUGCUGCAGAGUCUUCCCUGUUUACUAUUCAGUCCUGUUUUCUUCUUCCUUUAGCAGUUUCUUUUUUGAACAGCAGACGGAGGGAACUGCUCGCACUGCUGCUGCUGCCGCUGCUCCAGCUGCGCGUGUAUGUGUGUAAACAGGAUGGUGUAUCUGUAGCUGCCACACGCAAACACACAUUUGACCAUGAGGACUCUUCGCAGGUUGAAGUUCAUGAGUUCGCCCAGCCUCAGUGAUCUGGGCAAGAGAGAGCAGGCAGCCUUGGAUGAGCGGGGGACCCAGCAGCGCCGGGCCUGCUCCAACGCUACCUGGAACAGCAUCCACAAUGGAGUGAUAGCGGUGUUCCAGCGUAAGGGUCUCCCAGACCAUGAACUUUACAACCUCAAUGAAGGAGUCAGGCAAUUACUGAAAACAGAACUGGGAUCAUUUUUCACUGAGUAUCUGCAGAAUCAGCUGCUCACAAAAGGCAUGGUGAUCCUAAGGGACAAGAUCCGGUUUUAUGAAGGGCAGAAACUACUGGAUACCUUAGCUGAAACCUGGGAUUUUUUCUUCAGUGAUGUCCUGCCCAUGCUGCAGGCUAUUUUCUAUCCUGUGCAGGGAAAGGAGCCCUCGGUUCGGCAAUUGGCUCUUCUGCAUUUUAGGAAUAUAAUUACCCUCAAUAUAAAACUGGAAGAUGCAUUAUCCCGUUCCAGAGCCAGAAUUCCACCAUCUAUUAUUCAGAUGCUGUUAAUACUUCAGGGGGUUCAUGAGUCGAAAGGUGUGACUGAAGAUUAUCUGAAGCUGGAAUCCCUGAUCCAGAAAGUUGUUUCUCCUUACUUGGGCACAUACGGCCUGUAUUCCAGUGACGGACCCUUCACGCACUCUGCCUGUAUCUUGGAGAAGCGGUUCUUCAGGCGCUCCAAGUCGGGUGACAUCCUUGCCAAGAACCCCGUGGUGCGAUCCAAGAGCUACAACAAUCCACUGCUGACGCCGGUGGCCGAGUACGAAACCGAGAGCAUGGCCGCCAACGGAACCGGCAUCCGCAGGCACUCGGUCUCGGAAAUGACCUCCUGCUUGGAGCUCCAGGGGUACUCCAACCUCACCACCAUCAUGGACAACGGUUCCAAGAGCUCCAUGACAACUAUGAAGAACUCACUGCCAGGAGACCAGGAGAGGCCCAGCGCUGGGUCAGUGCAGUGCUCCAGCAAACUCAGCGCAGCUGAGCAACAGAAAGGACUCUUCCACUCCAUUGGCGACCCACACAGGUCUUUUGAGCUAGACAGAGACACUUCCUUACUCCCAGUUCCCUCUUCCAGCCCUGAGAACAUAGUGGAUCAGAUUUUGGAGUCGAUCGACUCUGAUUCUGAAGGCAUUUUCAUUGAUUUUGGCCGAGGCUGUUCCAAUUCGUCAGCGUACAAUGUGGAUGUGAACAGACAGAGCAUCGUGUGAAGGAUAUUAGGAGACAAACUGGGGGAUUUAAUGUUAUAUAUGGCAGUUACUAAGGCAGUGAGUCGGACUAUGGGCUGUCUGUGCCUGGGCAGAGCCUUUGCCAGGGCAUCGUAGCUGUACUGAGCAAACACAAGUGUUUAGCAGAAUCUGCUGAGGGGGAAGCAGCUCCAACCAGUUUUCCCCAUCCCUGUCACCCUGCAGAUGGAUUUCCUGUUGCUUUAUAAACUUAAGGGUUCACAAACUCACAAGUGUCUGAUAAAAUACUAUUAGUGCAGCUGGCACUGUUUGUUCAGGAAAACAGCUCAGCAAAUAGCUGUGCUCACUACUAAUUUUCUGAAGAGAUUUCCUGCAGAUGAUGGGUUGUUCUCUGAACUGUAACACCUCAGCCAGAGUAGAAACACAUCCUUUAUAAGACAAACAAAUACAGAAGGCUGUGGGCUUUCAUGCCACAGAAUACAAUAAUAAAGAAGUUUCUUUUAAUCUUUUUCUUGUACAUCCUGUAUGCACUACUUUGCCUAAUGGUGAGUUAGAGUUCUUGAAGAAAGGCAAAUAAACAGAAAUAUGCUUCCUGAUGUCACACAAUGCCUGGUGCCUCAUUUUCUGUUUCAGUUUCCUCAGCCAGUACCUUGUGUCUGGGACAGUUGUCUCAAAAUCGGGCUUCAAGGCUGUAUUAGUUUGCUCUGAAUGUGUAAUUUCUGAGAAGUCUCUACUGUGAACUCCUGAAGCAUCUCUUGUAUGGAAAGAU